AUGGUGGACGUCGGCGGCUUUCGCCGGCUCAGCCUGACGGAGAAGGCCAACUUCGACUGCACCCUCUGGGAAGACGGUGCAUGCACGGUGUACGAGUCGCGGCCGCUGCAGUGCCGCAGCUUCCCGUUCUGGGAUGCGAAUCUGGCUUCCCCCGACGCAUGGUCGGAGGCGGCCGGAUCCUGCCCGGGCAUCGGUCAGGGGCCGGUGCGCCACGCGGUGGAGAUCGACUACUGGCUCUCGCGGCGUCACGAGGAGCCGCUGAUCUAG